UUGAUUCUUACAUCCGGGAGCAUGCUGAGCACUAACGAAGACGCAGAAAUUCUUUCGCGAUUAGGCAUAAUUGCUUCAAAUUUGAAAAGUCCUCAAACGGGUACAAACUUUGCAACGGGAUUUUCAUCCACAGAACAACAGAGUUUAAAAACUGAUGGAUAUCUCACUCUAACGGAGGAAGAAGACAACGGGUCGAAUCUACCCUGUGUGAAAGGUAUUUCAACGUCUGUCCAAAGCAUUACGUUACCGAAUAUUGCUGUAAAUAUACAUGCAACUAACUUCUCGUUUUUGAUUACUGUCCUCUCGCUGGCUGCAAUUGGCUUCUUAAUUGGCUCUCUCUCAGUGUAUGUGUUAUUCACGCGGAUCAAUGCAACCCUGUUAUUGGCGUUGUCAGUGAGUGGGAACAUUGUAGUCACGUUUCUUUUUGGAUGUUCAAAAACUGUUCUCGCCGCCUGUCUUUACUCGCUUAUCCUCGGAUGCCUUCAUGGGACGAUUUUUAGAGGAGGUUUGAUAGUUAUACAUGGAAGCAAUGCUUCUGAAACGCGUAGCUUAUUCGCAGUACAUGCUUCCUUUGCAAUUGGAGCGGUGUUGCUGUCGUUACUGAGUGCCCCGCUUCUCUCGGGUUCUACUACUCUACCGGAUUCUCGUCCAGACAGAUUACUGGACAAUCGCAGCUUGUUGCUUCAUCUGCUUACAAAACGGUAUACGGACUUCCUCUCGAACGAUACUUACUAUGAAAAAACGAAUAGUCAUAUUCCUGUCAACGAAACGACGCUGAAGCCUCUGAAGCCGGACCACGUGGUGGGAGUUGAAUCACUAACAGAACCGAAAACAGAGGAAAAUGUGCAAAAGCGAAAAGAAGUUGAGCUACGUCUCAAGCAACAGGAUAGUGGCCAGAAUAUACUGCCCAAUAACGCAUCGAUUUUUCCAAGAAUGAUUAAGGACGAAACUAACGAUAAUCGGAGUAAAUUGUUAGUGUUACGAAGGGACAGGAGUCCACUGCCGUUCUCCACAACUGCAGCUUUACCACAAAGUGAUGGUGGCACUGGCCUCGUGCAAAGCACAUCUGCCUCUAUUGUACCCAGUAAGCGCUCCAUCACAGAGCUCAUCGCUGCCUCUCAAAUGGCUAAGCUUGAAGCAGUUCCCGAAGUCUCUGGUGAUGGCGAGGGAAAUGCUUCCCGGUGGCGCGCUUACUCCUGCAUAUUCUUGCUGUUAACGAGCGGUACGGAACUGAUCAUUGGAGAAGGCUUGACUCUUUACGCACUAUUUACACCCGAGCUGUUUCUUUCACAACGAAACGGAGUCCUUCUGACUGCAACCUUCUGGCUUGGCAUAUGUGUGGUUCGAUUGUCGUCGGUUUUAAUGUAA